CUACUUCUGCUGCGAGGGAUUAUUGCUGGUGGUGUCCUGAAAUUCUGUCUCGGCAAGCGAUGGAGAGUCAAUUUCGGCCUGUUUUAUAACCGGAACCCUCUCACCGGGCUCGCCGAGCCGUAUUACGCCAAGGACUCACCAGCGCCACGCGCCGAGUACGCGCACCCUGACGUCGUCAUCGUCCUGUCGUGCAUAAGCUACUGCUGUGAGGGAGUCAGCAACUCAGCACUC